GUUAAAUAGUGGGUAAUGCCUUUCCUCCAAGCACUGUCACUGAAGAACUUUUUCAUUACCACACAGUUAAUAUUUCAGAGUCGUGUUUCGGAGCUCUAAUGUGAUGAUGAAGUGUCUCCUACAUCCAUUGAUUCUUCUGCUGGCCUUUUGCUCACUGGCGUUCUGCAGGCUGGUGGAUAAUUUUAUUAAUAACAACGGCUGUCCUGAUUUCUUCCUGAGUACUUCUAAUGGGCGUGUCACACCCACCAUUCUGCAGAACCAAAAUCGGUAUCGGCAGAUCUGUCAGCGGUAUAUGGGCAGAGAUCGAUUCGCCACUCUUUAUGAUACUCAGAAUAGGAUCCCUGUGUACUCAGCCUACCUGCAUGUUCCUCCUGCAAGACUCAGUAGAAUGAAUGAGUGGUGGACAGAACCGGAUCUCAGCCAUGCACAGCAGGCCGACAACAGAGAUUAUUUAGGCAGAAUGCAUAGAGGUCAUUUAUAUCCUGCCAGCCAUAACAAUGAUAUUGAAGGAAUGGACGCUACCUUCACCCUGACCAACGCAGCACCGCAAGAUCAAAGCUUCAACUCUAGAUGGUUCCAACAUGUUGAGGAACCAGUAAAUAAGCUAAUUCUGGUCAACUGUAAAGGAAACCGUGCUUACAUUGUAACAGGAGUGGUGCCAUCUAAAAAACAAAUCAACAACAGAGUUAAAGAGGCCAGUCACUUCUGGACUGCAUACUGUUGCCUGGACAACAAUGGACGUCUGGUAGGACAUGGAGCAUAUCUCAUGUAUCGGAAUGGUACCAUGAUGCUGAACCAAAAUCAAAAUGUGAGGGACCUGGAGAACCAGCUGACCAGCUUAUAUCGUGGACCUUUUCAGGUGUUUGGAGGUCACUGUUAUUGAAUUGAUCAUGACUGGUUAUAUCAGUGUGAUAAUGCACAAAACUGCUUUGCAUGCUUUUUAGAAAAUGAAUGCAUUUUAUUGAAAGAAUCAAUUGUGAUUGUGAUGCAUUUUGAAGAAGAAAUUGACUUAACUGUUUAAACAAACAGAGAAAGCAGCAUCUUUAUCUAAUGACAGUGUUUUUUAUGCAAGAUUUAGUACAAGGUUAUGCUACAGCUAACAAACAUUUCAAUAAGAUAAAAAACUACAUAAAAUACAAAUACAUAAAAUGCAAAUAAGAUAAAAUGUGUAUAGUGCAUAAAAAAAUCAACAUUUAUAAGUUUAAGAUGUGAGCAGUAGAUAUAUGUGCAUAUAAAUGUAUAUGAAAGGUGCAAAUUAUGCAUAAGUGCAAUACUGAGCUGUGUUAUAAUCAUGUAUUACUAGUCAAUAAAGCUUGUGCUGCAUUUAAAA